UGUAGCCGAGGAAGGGGUUAUCCUAUUCGUAGAAGGUAAUAUGUUAUUCGAAGCACCAAACAUACGGUAUUAAGCUCGAACUCCGAAGAGACCCGUAAGAACUGAGAACCAGACUCGGCAUUUGGGUGCUCUUCUUCUUUUGCCCAACCAAUCAAAGGGAAAGAGAUGGAAAGCCCAGACCAUUUAAGGACACACUGGACACCAGCAAUGGAGAACUAUUUUAUUGAUAUGAUGUUGGAUCAGGUGCACAGGGGAAAUAGGAUGGGUCAUACUUUCAAUAAACAAGCUUGGAAUGAUAUGUUGAUGAUGUUCAAUGCCAAAUUUGGAUCUCCUUAUGAUUUAAAUAUGUUAAAAAGUCGUUACACAAUUUUGUGGAAGCUAUUUAACAAUGUCAAGAAUCUCCUUGAUCAAAACGAGUUUUCUUGGGACAAUUGUCGACAAAUGGUGGUUGCUGAAAAAUAUGUUUGGGAUGCCUACAUAAAGGCUCAUCCGGAUGCACAAUCUUUUAGGAACAAAGCUUUGGUAAAGUUCAAUGAUUUGUGCUUGAUAUAUUCACAUACAACAGCAGAUGGGAGAUACAGCCUUUCAAGUCAUGAUAUAGAAUUUGAUGAUGAAAUUCAACCGAUGAAUAUGGGUGUGGGUUUCGCUAUUGGUGUGAGUAACCUUGGUCCUACAACUAAAGAGAGGUCAAAGAUUAAUUGGACACCAGCCAUGGAUCAUUAUUUUUUGAAACUUAUGCUCGAUCAACUGAACAAGGGCAACAAGAUCGACAUUGAUUUUAGGAGACAAGCAUGGAAAAAUGUGUUGAUUUUGUUCAAUACAAAAUUCAGCUGUCAGUGUGGCAAAAGAAUCUUAAAACAUCGAUAUAAGAAAUUGUUCAAGUAUUAUACUGAUGUAAGGAGCAUACUUGAAGAAAAAGGAUUCUAUUGGGAUGAAAAACAACAAAGGAUUGUAGCUGAUGCUAUUCAUUGGGAUAAUUACAUUAGGGCACACCCAGAUGCACGUUUCUAUAGGAAGAAACCCUUGCUAAACUAUCAAGACUUGGGAUUAAUAUAUGGAAAUGCAAUUAGCAAUGGAGUUCACAUUCAGAAAGGGAAAUACAUUGACAGUGACAUUGUACAAUUCAAUGCUGGUGAAGAUGGGGAAGGGCAUUGUGCAGGUGAUGAUCACCUGGCGUACUCUGAAAAGGAUCCUGACAGUGAAGGUCCAGACUUGAUGAUUAAUGAGGAAGAAGUUCAGAGUGAUAUUAAUGAUGAUCAUUCAAGAAUAGAUUGGACGCCUUCAAUGGACCGUUGCCUCCUUGAUAUUAUGCUGGAGCAAGUUCAUAAGUUGAACAAGAUCAAUCACUCCAUUGACAACCAACUGUGGAUAGAUAUAGUGGCAUUGUUCAAGGAAAGAUUUGGAUUGCAAUAUCAUAAAGAUGUUUUGAGGAGUCGAUCUAAGAAUUUGGAGAAACAAUACCUAGAUAUGAAGGAUCUUCUUGCACAGAGGGGUUUCUGGUGGGAUGAAAUGCAACAAAUGGUCACAGCUUAUGAUCAUGUUUGGGAUACUUAUAUUGAGGAACACCCUGGAGCAAAAUUAUACAGAGACAUAUCCAAGCCUAACUACAAUGAUUUGUGCUUAAUAUAUGGAGAUUCAACAGCUAACAGACGAUGUAGCCAAGCAGACCAAUAUGCUAGUUGCACUGGAGCCAAACUGAACAAUAGCUACCACCGGAAAACUGAUUGGACCCCAGCGAAGGAUCGAUAUUUUAUUGAUUUAAUGCUAGAGCAAGUCCGCAAUGGAAGCAUGCUUAAUCAUAAAUUUAGUAAGUUAGGCUGGGCUGAUAUAAUUGCAAAGUUCAGUGCAGAAUUCGGUUCUCAGUAUGACAGAGAUGUCUUAAUAAACCGUUCUCUGAAUUUGAGGAAACGCUUUAUUGACAUGAAAAGUCUACUUGACCAGAAUGGUUUUGUUUGGGAUGAGAUGCAACAAAUGAUAGUUGCUGAUGAUGAUCUCUGGGAUGCUUAUGUCGAGGAGUACCCUGACUUGAGAUCAUACCGUUAUAGAACCUUCCCAAAUUUCAAUGAUUUAUUCUUGAUAUUUGGAGAAGCAGACACAAUGCAAAAGGACAGCUAUUCCAGUCACUCAAUGCAUAGUGAGGACGAUGACCUCGAAGAAAAUAUCGGUGAAGAAGAUCAACAGUCCCCAGUUGAUACUUUUCCCAUGGUGUAUCCUGAUGCAGUUUCGUACUGGGAUGGUUAUAAUAGCUCCAAUGAGUUAUGGGCGGCUAUCGGUUAUGGUGUCCCUAGCGGAAGAUCACAUGUGAGUACAGAAAGGGAAAUGGAAAGCAAUUUCCCAACUAUGAGGAUGGAUGAUGAUGAUGAUGCAUUUCAUGACCUGCAAUUGCCAGAGAAGGAAUUCGAAAUAUCUGAUCAGCGAAAUAAGCGAAAAUCUACUAGUUUGUCAAAAACAGAAGGUAGAAAAAGAGAAAGAAGAAUCAACAAGGUGGAAAUGAAGAAAGAAACAAUUGAUGAUAAAACAGGUAUGACAAACUGGUUCCAAAGUAGUGAAGAAGAAGAAGAAAAGGACUACUACUCCUCAAUUGAAAAUAUUGUAGCUGCACUUGAAACAGUACCAGAUAUGAAUGAGGAGGUCUUCUUGGAAGCUUGUGAACUUUUAGAAGAUGAAAGUAAGGCCAAAAUGUUUGUUGCCAUGGAUGUAAAAGCACGAAAGAAGUGGUUGUUAAGAAAACUUUGCCGAUAGCAUAUGUUAAUUUGGUAACAUGUCAAAGUUAUUCACAUUUCCGACUCAAAUGUGGAUGAUGGGUUUGUAAUUUGUAUAUGAAAUGAAAAAGAAAAACACCAUGUGCUUGUUUUGGGGCCUGUCAAAUUAUCAGGUCAAACACAAAACGUGGUCAUUUUAAUUUUUCAUCCCCUCAAAAA